AUGUUGAACAGUACAAAGUACAAUCCAGUAUAGUCAAUAUGACUAUGUACAAAACUGUUAUUUUUCUACUUUUGAUUAUUGUCAACGUCUCAAAUAAAUAUGUAACUGCUGAAAAUGACGAGGACAUAUCAACGGAACUAUACGUGAUCGAGGGAAAAGUUUUUCCAUGGGAAAAUGGUCCUUCGAAUGGAUGGCAGCUUAUGACACACGUCAUGGCUAACGGUGGAGAACAUUAUGGUUUCUUAAGGGAGGAUGGAACAUUUGUUAUUUCAAAUGUGCCAUCUGGAUCAUAUGUAAUUGAAAUUGUAAAUCCAAAUUCUGUGUAUGAACCAGUAAGAGUAGAAAUUAACUCAAAAGGGAAAUUCAGAGCACGAAAAGUGAAUUUAAUUCAAACAUCGCAAGUAAUACAGGUUCCAUACCCAUUAAAAAUGAGACCACUUACACCAUUCCGUUAUUUCCAAGUUAGAGAACAAUGGAAAGUGAUGGACUUUUUGUUUACCCCUAUGGUUCUAAUGAUGAUUCUACCAGUAUUAUUACUUAUGAUUAUUCCAAAAAUUAUGAAUAAUCCUGAAACUAGAAAGGAAAUGGAACAAUUUAACAAUCUAACUAAUUACAACUUACCAGAAAUGUCAGAAGUUAUAGCAACAUUUUUAUCUGGAGGGGAGAAACAAAAAACCAAAGCAGUGAAGGCUACAAAAAAAAGGCAGUGAUCUAAAACACAUUUCCACUUUUACUCUAGUCCUUUAAUUCUUAACUACACUUUAGAAAAAAGAAACAUCAAACUUUUCUCAACAAAAUUUAAACAAAUUUUCAUAUAGUUUUAUUACAUUCGAAAGAUUAAAAAAAGUAGCAGUAAAUCACUUAAAGUAUUAUUUAAUACAUAAUUAAAUAUAAUCCACUGAAAUCAUGUAAACCUAGCUUUCUAUUAUUUAUGUAACAGAAAUAUU